CGAACCGGUUGAAGGAGGACCUAUAAAGAGAGUAAACAGAGUUGACAUUAGACCUUGUGUGCCCAUGCCUGUUUUCAUGCCGCAGCAGAGAAGCAGAUCCCGGAACACACCUCCAGCUGCCAUGCAAGAGACCAGUCCACACCCAGGCGAAGCUGCUGAUGUUGAUGAUGGUGUCGUGGUGGAACAGGUGACCGUCCCUAGCUUUGGCCCCGGUCUGAGUGGGACGCAGCAAUCAGUCCUCCUGGAUGAACCCGAAGAGACCAGGCCAUAUAACACUGUGAGCAGUCCAGACCCCGAGCUCGCUGAGGAACAUGCAGAGCCUGGACGUGAUGGAGAAUGGCUGGAACCAGACCCUGAGCCUGAGGAGGAGCAUCAGAGGCCGGAGCAUGAUGGUGAAGGGCAGGAGCUUGAACCAGUGCUUGAUGAAGACCCUCCCACACCUGAACUGGAAUCCGAGUCAGAAUUGGAAUCCGAGCCUGAAUCUGACCCAGGGUCAGCCCCCACCCCCCGUAGAAGCCAGAGGUCAAAUGCAGGCCAACAUCCCAAUCUGCAUCAUGAGCCAAAGUCAGUGCUAGACUCUAGUCCAGCUGCAGUCUCUCAGAUGAUCGCUACUUUAGGCACAGCAUUCAUUAAGGAGGUUGCAAGAGAAGUUAUAAAACUAUUAGUAGUCACCGAGGCCGUUGACUAUUAAGCAGGGGAGAAUGUAACCGGGUCAUAUUUUGAGGUUGUAUGUUUUCUAAGUGGUAAUGGGACAUGUCUCCUUUAAAUGCCAGAAAACUACAUUGCAUCAUGUUGUAGUUCCUGGGUUCGUAUGUGGUGAAUUCUGGGUAUUAAGACUGGAGCGAGAACGCAGUGCAUCAGAGAAGGUGGCUGGCGUGAGGGAUAUUUGGUGAUACUUGGUUAAUAUUGCUGCAGACAUAUAGCCAUACUGGUAUCCUGGGAGCACACGUGUGUGGAGGAUAGAGAUGUGUGCGUGUUAGGAACAUGUAAGUGUUGGUAUCAUUUCAUUCGGACAUACUGGUGUAUAUUUUGGUUUUAUGUAUAUUUUAGCUUUAUGUAUUUGAUGUUAGUGGUAUACUAAUGAUGUUUUUGUAUUUGUCUACUCUCAGUAUCACCACUACCGUUUUGUAUUGCUGAACCUUACUUUCAUUUAUUUUCUUAUACGGCUAGUUCAGCUACAGAGUUGGGAUAGGCUUAGCUUGUGUACAGGUUAGUUUAUCAUAUAAGAUUUCUAUUUGAUGUCAUUUUAUUUUUGUACUUUUCUAUACAAAUCUUUUGUUUUAUAUAUCUAUCAGAUAAAGAACCCUUACUCUUAA